UGCUGAGGAGAGGCGAGAGGCGCUGCCCGCGUUCAGUGCCAGCGGGGCGCUCAGGGAUCUGUCCCCGUCCUCCCUCCCCUCUGCCCGCGCCUUGAGGCCCCGGAGUGGGGAGGGAGCGGCGCUGCCCGGGAGCCCGGCACGGGCAGGGUCUGGGCUGGCUUGGGCCGCCCGUGCUGGGCUGGGGAUGGGCACGGGGAGGACGGCGGAUUGUGUGAUAUGUCCAAGGCCAGGUUGGAUGGAGUUUGUACCAACCGGGGAUAGCGGAAGGUGGCCCUGCCUCUGGCAGGGUGUUGUAAUAAGAUGGAUUUUAAGGUCCCUUCCAAACAAGCUGCUCUGUGACUCCAGGGUCUCCCAGCCUGCGCAGUCCUGGAGCGUGCAGUGCCUGGUUCCUACUGUGACUGCAUGGGAGGGGCCUGGGGAAGAUGACCACUCUCACACGGCAGGACCUUAACUUUGGGCAAGUUGUUGCAGAUGUUCUUUCAGAAUUCCUAGAAGUAGCUGUUCACCUCAUCUUGUAUGUCAGAGAAGUUUACCCUAUUGGGAUCUUUCAGAAGAGGAAAAAAUACAAUGUACCUGUCCAGAUGUCCUGCCACCCAGAGCUGAACCAGUACAUCCAGGACACGCUGCACUGUGUAAAGCCGCUGCUGGAGAAGAACGAUGUGGAGAAAGUUGUGGUUGUAAUCCUGGAUAAAGAGCACCACCCUGUGGAGAGAUUCGUCUUUGAGAUCACCCAGCCACCUCUUCUUUCCAUUAGUUCUGAGUCCCUGCUAUCCCACGUGGAGCAGUUACUGCGUGCCUUCAUCCUGAAAAUCAGUGUGUGCGAUGCUGUGCUGGACAACAACCCCCCAGGUUGCACCUUCACAGUUCUGGUUCACACACGGGAGGCUGCCACACGCAACAUGGAAAAGAUCCAGGUGAUAAAGGAUUUCCCGUGGAUCCUUGCUGAUGAGCAAGACAUGCACAUGCACGACCCCCGACUUAUUCCCCUGAAAACCAUGACAUCUGACAUCUUAAAGAUGCAGCUCUAUGUAGAAGAGCGAGCUCACAAAGGCACCUGAUUUCAAAUCUUCCUUGCCUUCAAGCUUCAUCUGAUCUUCCAGUGGAGUAAGAUCUGUCACAAACUGUAACUUGAUAACCAUCUCUUCAGCUGGCCUUCUGGGUGAAUGUACAGCAGCUGCUGCCUCUUUAUUUCAAGUGCUCUUAUGUAUAAAGAACUGACUUGGAAUGGGGAGCCAGAGCCUGUUCCCAUGUUGACUUGUGUGAGAGAGCACAGGUGUUGAUACAGCGUGUCCCUGAGGAGUCAGUGCUUUAUUACCAGUCCAGUUCUCACCUGAAAGGGGCAGCUCCAUUGCUGACAGGCAGUGAUAGACAGCAGGGAGCUGUCCACAGUCCAUGAGAGCAACAUUUGUGCUAAGGGGGAGCGAGGCCUUACGGAGUGUCUGUCCACUGUGACCGUCGCAAGUAGUCUUCAAUAAAUAUUAAGUUUUACCCCAGUUGAACUGGGCUGAAUUCUGUCAAAA